AUGGCGGUGAAGGUGUGGGUGUUCAUCGUGGCACUGAUGUGCAUCGGUGCAGUAGGGCUUGGAGCUGACGGCGGCAGUGCGGCCAGCAGUAGGGAUGGCUGUCGUCGUCUGAGGUCGCCCAACUACCAUGGCGCUCUGGCAAAGGCCAUCCUGUUCUUCGAGGGGCAGCGGUCGGGGCGGCUGCCAGCGAACCAGAGAGUCAAGUGGCGCGGGGACUCGGCGCUCACCGACGGCCAACCCGAAAACGUGAACUUGACGGGCGGCUACUACGACGCCGGAGACAACGUGAAGUUCGGUUUCCCGAUGGUGUUCAGCGUCACCCUCCUGAGCUGGAGCGCCGUCGAGUACCGCGACGAGGUGGCGGCGGCGGGCCAGCUCCGCUACCUCCGGUCCGCCAUCCAGUGGGGCGCCGACUUCCUCCUCCGUGCUCACACCUCCCCGACCACCCUCUACACUCAGGUUGGCGACGGCAACGCCGACCACCAGUGCUGGGAGCGGCCAGAGGACAUGGACACGCCGAGGACGCUGUACAAGAUCACCCAGAGCUCGCCCGGGUCCGAGGCCGCCGGCGAGGCCGCGGCGGCGCUCGCCGCCGCGUACCUGGUGUUCAGGGACGACCGGGACAAGACCUUGGCCACGCAGCUCCUGGCCGCGUCCAGAUCCCUCUUCGACUUCGCCAACGACUACAGGGGAUCCUACCAGUUGUCCUGCCCAUUCUACUGCUCCUACUCUGGCUACCAGGACGAGCUCCAGUGGGCGUCGGCAUGGCUCUACCGGGCAACCAAAGACAGCAAGUACCUCGACUUCCUGCAGAACAACCAGGGCGGCAGCGCCACCGAGUUCAGCUGGGACAACAAGUAUCCCGGAGCUCAGCUGCUUGCAACACAGGAGUACUUGGCUGGGAGGACAGAGCUGGAAGGCUACAAGAGGGGCCUGGACUCUUUCGUCUGCGCUGUCAUGCCCAACAGCGGCAACACGCAGAUACGCACCACCCCUGGAGGGCUUCUCUUUACCCGCGAUUCUGUCAACCUGCAGUACACAACCACCGCAGCCCUGCUGCUGUCAAUCUACUCAAAGACCCUGAGUUCUGUAGGUGACCAAGUAGUCCAGUGCAGCGCAGCAAGUUUCUCUCCAGAUCAGAUCAGUUCAUUUGCAACGUCACAGGUGGAUUACAUCCUGGGAGACAAUCCGAAGGGCAUGUCCUACAUGGUCGGCUUCAGCUCCAAGUUCCCAAGGCGGAUUCACCACCGCGGCUCCUCCAUCCCGUCGAUCAAGGCUCUCCCCAGGAAGGUCACCUGCAACGAGGGCUUCUCGUCAUGGUUCCCGACCAGCAACUCCAACCCCAACACCCAUGUCGGCGCCAUCAUCGGCGGACCUGACGGGAACGACCAGUUCAGUGACAACAGGGAGGACUCCACGCACUCCGAGCCAGCAACGUACAUCAACGCAGCAUUUGUGGGUGCCUGUGCUGCUGCCCUGGGGCAGAACCAGCUCAAGGAGACUGUGGACGACAUAGCCUCAGCCCUAAGUGAUAUAAUCUAA